AAAUGAUGUUUUUACUAAUUAUUAUCAUAACCACACGCUUACCACAUGUGUUCAGGUUUACCCACAUCUGGCAUGUAACCUUUAAAAUCAAGCGUCUGAUAACAUGGAUAAAUUAGUAGAAAAUCGCCCAGUAUUUGUUUACAUUGACAGCGACGAUCGUUUACUGGCAUCUAAUUAGUUAUGGGAUGAUUGUUAGACAGUAAGACAGACUAAAUACACAAUUCAAUGGCUUUGGAAAAAUCUACAGCAGUGUAUAUUGGGAACUUGAAACUUGCAGCCAGAAUUUUAGAACUAAAAUCGGACCUGCUUCGAUUGUUUGGUAAAGUGCUAAAAGUUUCAGUUACUGCAAAUGAUAUUAGUAUUGUUAAUGGCCCAAAAAGAUACGCAAUCAUAGAUGUUCACAAUGAACAAAAUGUUGCUUGCGUUCUGCAAAAUAUUGUUGACUACGAGGAUAGAAAGAAACUAAAAUUUAAGUUUGAAAAUAUUGAAGAACCAGGAACUUUUCUGCAUGUAGAUACAGUUAAAUCUCAAGAUGAUAAACAAUCCAGGGAUGAUUUUGAAAAUGGUCGCAACCCGCCAAGACCUUUUUCCAAACCUCACUUGCAUGUAAGAAAAAGACCUGACUAUGGGAGGAUAGUGCCAUUAAAGUCCGCCUCAAGUAAUCCGAUGCACACUGGCCGCCUGUCAAGACAAAGUUCCAGCACCCAGAGGAGUCAAUUGCCUGCGUCAGAGCCAACUACCGACCUGGACGUGACACUAGAUGACUACCCUGUGGACAGGGACAAGUCUCCAACUGUCGUCAAAAGUGUUGGGGAGGCGUUGAAUACUCGCGUGAAUAUGGUACCAAUGGAUGAUUCUACUUUAAAGGACAGCGAUGAUUCUGGUACCCAGGUAGACCUUGUACACAAUCGUACCAUUUCCUCCAUACACGGUGAGGGAGAUGAUGAACACUCGGAUGACCUUGAGACCUCAGAGUACGAAGACCCACCCGGGUCAGUAAUUGACCUCCGUCACAUCAGUCGUGCUUCCAUGCGAGGAAAACUGACGCCUAGAAUACACAGGCGCACACAGAAAUCUGCAAACCAACCGAAGCCUAACAUCCAGACAGAAAAAUCUUCAACCAGUAGAAAGGAUUUCUUUGCUUUCCUUGAUGCUCAAAUAGGUCCAGAAACCCCAGCCCCACAUUCCACGACCCAUGUCGAUGAUGAGAGCACUACGCCCUACUACAAGCCUGGGGAAAUUAUCAACAACCAUGACCAGAGCAAAGAAUUCAAGGCCUACCUUGACGGCAAAUAUACCUUAAAGAAACUACGCGACCAUGCGGCUAGAUGUGCUGUUGGGUUUCUCAACUCUGGAAAGAAAGGGAUGCUCCUUAUUGGUGUAGAAUCCAGAGGUCGAGUGGUUGGUAUAGACUGCGAGCUUCAGCAGGAGGACAGAUACCGCCGCCAUUUCCUCGAUGCCAUGAAGGAGAUCUACCCGCCAGUGUUUGGUGACGAGUACUCCAUACACUUCGCUCCCCUGCUAGAAGACAAUGGGCGGCAACAUCCCAGCCUGAAAGUGAUUGAGAUACGUGUCUUCCCACCCGAGAACCAGGAGGCCCUAUAUGAAUGUAAUGAGGGGGUCUUUGUGCGCAGGAAUGGCUCUCUGACUGGACCCAUCAAAGCCAGCCAUAUCCAGGAAUGGGUCAAACAGAAACAAUUGGAAACAUUUGACCAACUACGGCUGGCAGAGCGGUACCUCAAAGACGAGAAUGAGCGCAAAGAUGACAUGCUCCGAAAACAGGCGGACACUAUCUUAGCCCAGAAGAGCGAGAUAGAAAGACAGAAGAUGGUAAUUGAAGGACGGACGUGUACCAUAUUGUGAUGACAUUUAUAUGUAGCAACACUUAUGGCCGGGUUCAGGAUGAAAUUACAAGUGUACAAGUAGAAUUGAAAAAUUGGCAACGUGUUAAAGGUUAACUUGAGAUUCUGUAGAAUGAUUUCAAUUGUUUGUUUUACUAAGGCACUUUGAGAUUAUUGCUGACACGUGUCUUACGCGUAACACUAUGCUCCUGAUUCGUAUUGUUUUUUAUUAUUUUGGUAUUUACGUUCAAAAUCGUCUUCCUGUUGAAGAUUAUUCGUUAUUGUUCUUUUUAAAUCACGAAUCUAUCAGUUUUAAAUGUCAUAUUAUGACGUUUUAUUUAAGAAUUCCUGUUCCGAAUAAUUUCACACAGUUAAACAAGAGAAGCGCAUGCUAAUUCAUAAAGAUACGGUUUUAGAAAUUGCAAUCAAUGAAACAUGUGUUGAUUAUUGUUAAUGUGUGUAAACCGAUCUUUUAAGAGAAAAAACGUAUGUAAAAAUACCGAAUAGAAAUCACCAAAAUAGAUCUCCCUUAAGGUUUAGACAUGUGAUUGAAUGCCUGUUGAAAGACGUUAUACAUAGUAGUUAAACAUGUGUUUCCAUUACUUGUAAAUUAUUUUACGUGUUGAUAAAAUUGAUAACACAAUACACAACGCUAUUUUUAACCAAAUUAUAGCUCGAUUGAUCAUUGUCGGCUCGGGUACUACUUAAAUGUACACCAUGUACUCUUAAAUAUACUUAAAUGCACCCCGUGAACGGAAAAUAUACUUAAGCAAACCCGGCCAAUUUAGACUGUACCCAUGCAUGGUUUAUGUCCGCCCGAAAUACCAUAGCGUAAAACGCGCUACGGAAUACGAAACAAAAUUCUCCUUGAACAAAACCUGCCUAAACUAGUUUUUUUAGUUGGUGUUUCAAUAAUAUAUAGGCCACUUUACAGAAUAUUGCCAUAAAUAUGACAUAAUUUAUUUGAACAAAUUAGCUGACAACGACCAAUUUAGCUUUAGAAUUCCCAGGUACGUUUCAGUAUAUUUUCCGUACCCGAUGUACAAUAAAGUUUACUCUUAGUUCCCCGGGGUACAUUUAAGUAGUACCCGAGGCGACAAUGACCAAUGUAGCCAACUUAUGUUCUGUCUGCUUACAACUUGUUUUGACUUUUCUAGAUUCUUUGCACUUUGAACCCUGUAUGUUGGUUGGGUAUAGGGUGUUUGUAACCGUUCUUGAGUAUAUAUUGGGAGUUGUGCGUUAAGUGCUUUAUCGAUUUUUGUACAGAAUGUAUUCUCUGCAAGUGUGGAUUUUUGUAUGGCUUGUUUUUGUAUUAUACAUCGAUUAUUAUAUGUGUUACGUUUUGUUGAUCAAAUAAAUGUUAAUGCAUA